AUGGGAAUCAGAUUCAUGCUGCUGGUGAAUAAACUCGGACAGACGCGACUGGCGCGGUACUACGACGGCACGCCGACGGAACGAAGCGCGCGGAAUCAGUUGGAGGGUGAGAUCGUGCGACGAUGCCUGGCGAGAGGGGCGAAAGAGUGCUCGUUCGUGGAACAUAGGGAGUUUAAGUUGGCGUACCGGCGGUACGCGUCGCUGUUUUUCAUCGUCGGAUGCGACGGAGAGGAGAAUGAGCUGGCGAUGUUGGAGUUCGCGCACUGCGCGGUGGAGACGCUGGAUCGACACUUUGGGAACGUGUGCGAGUUGGACAUCAUGAUGCAUUUGGAUAAGGUGCACUGCAUCUUGGAGGAGAUGGUGAUGUGCGGGGAAAUUGUGGAGACGAAUAAGCUGUUGGUGACGCAGGAGGCGUGUAAACAGAUCGAUGUGCAAGAGAAGGGGUAUCCAUAG